AACACACUCUCGCACUGUAUCUCUCUAUCCACUCUCUCUCUCUUUCUCUCUCAUUCACACACAUAACUCUCAGCGACCAAAACACUACCAAACUACUGCGAUCCACUGCGCUCAGGACUUCACUCACACAAGAUGUCUUUCCUCAGUGGUCUGUUGGGCGAUAAGGCGGAUAACCUUGUGGACCAGGCUGUGGACACAGCAGCCAAAGUAGCCAAGGAGAAGGUGAAGGACAUGCUGAGCGGUGAUGGUGGCAAGGCCAAGGACGAGACAGGAGGAAUGGGCGACCUGUUCCCCUCCUCAGGAGAUGACAAGAAGAAGGAAGAGGGAGGAGGAGGAGGAGGGAUGUUCGGAGGACUCCUGUCGACGGAGAAGGAUGACGGGGCCAGUGGAGGAGACUCCAAGAGCUCUGGAGACCUGACAGACAUGUUGGGAGAUGUGGCCGGAGAGAUUGCCGGAGAGGCAGCCAAGGACAAAGCAAAGAACGACGUCAUGUCCUUCGGGAAGAGCCUGUUUGGUUGAAGCUCAGAUGAUGCCCUGAUCGGAAACACACCUGCCCUUGCGGAAACACACCCCCUCAUGAUGUGUGUGUUUCUCCAUAUGUUGUUUGUAUAUAAGUACAUGUGAGAUUGUGUGUGUGUGUGUGUGUGUGUGUGUGUGUGUGUGUGUGUGUGUGUGUGUGUGUGUGUGUGUGUGUGUGUGUGUGUGUGUGUGUGUGCGCGUGUGCGUGUGCGUGUGCGUGUGCGUGUGCGUGCGUGUAAACAUGGACUCUGAAGACCACCCACUCCUGCAUCUACUCAACAAUUACACUGCUGUUGUUUUGGCUUUACUGUUUUGCAUCAUUGUGGAUGUUUACCAUGUGCUGAAGACCCAGUGGUAAUGAGGGUGUUGCUAACCACAUGCUCAUGUAACCAGUUAUUUGACUGCUAAUCUGGCAAGAGAUUGAGCUAGCAGAUCCUGUGUACAUUUUAGUUCCACUAAAACAGUUCUAGAAUUUAUAGAUGCCACAACUACUAGAAGCACCUCAGAACCUGUGUAUGCCUUAAAACUAAAAAUAUAUAUUGUAUUCUCACUGUUUAUUUGUGUUGUGCUUAUUAUACUUAGGUUGCAUGAAACUGCAUUUUUUUUUGCGAUUACUCUCUCCUUGUUGAGGACUUGAACUGUGUGCAGUUCUUGUAUACAAAAGGUUUCUUCCCCAUUAGUCUUUAAAUCAAACAGAAUUAGACUUAGUCGUGGUCCAGUUCCAUAUUUUAACACUGGAUAGGUGCAGAUAUAAAGAGUGUGGAUAACAGAAAACACUGGUGACAUUUCUUUUUCUUGUAGUUGUUUACAUUUAAUUGACUUUGAACAAAUGGACAAAGGGGCAAAUACAAAUGAUGCGUAAUAACCGAUAAUCCAACAAAAGAAAUCAUACAGUAAGGGUUGCUAGAAGGAAAAUACAUCUCUUUGUUCCCAUAUAAAAAGGUACACGGUUCAUUUACACAUCCAGGGAUCUUUUUUUU